AUGACUGAUCUCCGGUUACUCACGUACUACCUCGGUAUUGAAGUGGACCAAAAAAAAGAUUGCAUCAUGCUAAAGCAAUCAGCCUAUGCUAAGAAUUUGUUGCAGCAAUUUAAGAUGAUAGAGUGCAACCCAACCAAGUAUCUCAUGAAAGCAAAGUUACAACUCGGGAAAGAUUCUGAAGGAAACUUGUUGAAUUCCACUGAGUAUAGGCGUGUCAUUGGAAGUCUAAGGUACAUGGAAAAGCCUACUAUGAUGCAUCAUCAAACGAUUAAGCACAUUCUCUGCUAUGUGAAGGGAACCACAAGUAUGGGUUGA